AUGACGCCGCCUGCAUGCUCGUCUGUUCUCCAGGCGAGGAUCAACGCCUUCGAGGCUCUCAGCAACCCAGUCUCUGCGCCAACAAAUGUCGAGCGCGCCGCCUCUCCUCCCAACAUCCUCGAGCGCCCCAUCUCUCCCGCCGUCACCUCUUUCUCUCCCAUCAUCCCGUCCUCGGCGUCCUCGACGCCGUCCAAGCCUCGGCAGCACAACUUCGUGUCCUGCUCGCCUUCUCCAUCUCCCCCGAACCUUAGCCGCAGGACUUCACUCAUUGACCUCAAAGAAUGGGUCGUUGACGAUGGUCCUUCCACUCAUACGAACGGUGCGACUGCGUCGUCCUCGCUCAUCCUUACCUCUAAUUCAAAAAUGCCCUCCCCACCACUAAUAAACCUCGAUCCAUCGUCGCCACCCAAAUCGAGAACCCUUUCGGUGCCACCUCUGCCGCCCCGCAAGUCGUCGUACUCGUCCCUCAAGUCCGUAUCUCCUACUUCCUCCACUUCCUCUCUCGGCCGCAGCCCCGCAACUCUAACAAUCCCAUUACCACUUGCCGUUCGACCCCCGUCAACACGCAUGCCCCCAGGUACGCACACGUACCCGCCCGCAUCCACGCUCGGCAUCGCCAUUCCUUUGCGCGGACAUGCCCCCGCAUCCUCCAUCUCCUCUUUCCACUCCGUUUCCCUGUCUUCCGACGGCGAGCCUGCCCAUCGCGAGUCAGACGCGCAGAGCAUCGACAUAGACGAUUUUGAGACCGUUUCGGCGACUUCUGCCAGUCCGAGUGUCGCCCGAGGACACGAUUGGGAGCAGCCCGUGCAGCGAGUUCCACCCAAGCUCCCACAGCGCCCACCAUCGGCAUCGACGACCACCCUCAAGCCUCCGCCGAAGCAUCCUCCACCGUCCCGCUCAUCGACUUCACCGAGCUUCACCUCCAAACCUCCGCCGCCCGCACCCCCGCCCCCACUGCGCUCUCGCGCACCCUCUGCACCAUCUGUCCGCUCCUCGCCCUCGACCUCGACUUCGACCUCGUUCUCCGACCGCUCCUCCAUUCGCAGCACCAGCACCGUCGCCUCUUCGCAAUCGCACACACAGGCGCCAGCACGGGGGCAAAAGCUUGCACGACAAACUCCCGUCCCGCCCGCAGCCCGUCGCCGGUACGAGGCGCUCUUCACCGCGAACGUCCGUGCACGGCGUCCGCGCAUCCGUUCGCCUCCCCCGGGCACGGCGCGGAAGCGCCAGGCAGCGGGGUGGCGCGGGCUGUCUGUGGACCUCAUCACGAGCCCGGAGCUUGGCGAGGUACCGCUUUCGGAGACGGAGGAAGAGCCUGCGGAGGUGGACGAACGGCUGGAGGGCGCGACCGUCCGGCGAAUAUGGAGCCUCUCGAGAUUGGAACGGGGUACGCUCCGUGCGAUAUGGAACGAGUGUGACCCUGGGGGGACAGGCGCGCUAGAUCGUGCGGCGUUCGUCAGAGGGAUGUGGCGGAUUGACGAGGAGCUUCGGCGUGCGCAGCUUCUUGGCCUCGGGCGACAGGUCUCAAGUGCGUCUGUACGUGCACGGAUACCACGGAGGGCGGACCGGGCGCCGGCGACGGCCUCGAAGCUCAUUCUGCAUUGA